UUCUGAGGCACUGUUUUAUGAGGCGAGCGUGAGACAAGGAUUUGAGAGGAUGAGGACCCUGCGGGGUUCUCUGUGGCCGCUCUUGGCUUUGUUGGUGCUCACUAACGCUCAGGACUAUAAUGAAGGAAAUGAUGAUACUACGUCAUGCGAAUCUAAUGGUGAACGUUACGAGAAUGGAGAAGAAUGGAGCCCAGACACUUGUACAUCUUGCAGUUGCGUGCUAGGAAAUAUCAUUUGUGAAACUGAAGAAUGUCCGACUAUCGAGUGCAAGACACAGAAAUACAUCCCGCUCGGAAAAUGCUGUCCUAUAUGUGUCGAUGACGAUGAAGUUUUAUCACCUGAACAAACCGUUUUACCCCAAGAACCUGAUGCACCAGCUGAAAUUCCAAGGGGAGCAGUAGAACCAAAUUACCCUCUCGUACCGAUUCCAGGACCUAGGGGUACUUCUGGGGAGCCUGGAACACCAGGAUAUCCCGGAGAAAGAGGAGAAGUUGGUGAACCUGGAUCACAUGGUGUACCUGGCAGACCGGGACCUCCUGGGCCACCUGGUGAUCUUAGCGCUUGGUUCCAAGGAUUAGCUCUACAGCAAGGAUUAGGGGGUGAAAAGGGACCACCGCCGGAUGCCUUCCAGUUCAUGCAAGCUCAAGUGGGGCCAGUUGGACCAAGAGGAUCUCCUGGGCCACCAGGACCAUCAGGUCCUCAAGGUUUUCAAGGAGCGCGAGGUGAAACAGGAGAACCAGGACCACCGGGUGCUCCAGGGCUUCCAGGAGAAAGAGGAUUACCAGGACUACCAGGAAAAGAUGGUGAACCUGGUGAAGACGGCAGACCUGGUCCAGCAGGACCUCCGGGCCCUCCAGGGCCUAGAGGUCUUCCUGGAAUGCCUGGAUUGCCUGGUAUUAAAGGUCACAGGGGGUUUCCUGGCUUAGAUGGCGCAAAAGGAGAACAAGGACUUCAAGGAGAAAAGGGAAUGCAAGGACCUGCUGGAAAGAUGGGUACGACAGGUCCCCUAGGCGCACCUGGACCUAGAGGUGAAAGAGGAAGAGAAGGACCCACAGGACCACCGGGAAUAAGAGGAAUCGACGGCUUACCAGGACCUCCAGGACCACCGGGACCAAUUGGAAGACCAGGACCGCCAGGAUUUCCGGGAUCACCUGGAGCAAAGGGUGAUGCUGGACCUGUAGGCCCUAAAGGAAGUCAAGGAUUACAAGGCCCGAGAGGAGAAUCUGGAAAACCAGGAGUUUCUGGUGAACCAGGACCAAUGGGCCCUUCUGGAAAAGAUGGUUCGCCUGGAGAAAAAGGAUCAACCGGAGAGAGUGGUCUUGCUGGACCACCUGGAUUUCCGGGAGCUAGAGGCCCCCCUGGACUAUCAGGAAGUCCUGGACUACCUGGACCCAAAGGAUCACCGGGCAUCCCUGGCGAAUCUGGAUUGAAAGGAGAAACUGGUCGAAAAGGAGAACAAGGGGGUCCUGGUCCUAGGGGUCUUCCAGGAACACCAGGACAACCAGGAAAGAGGGGAAAAUCUGGUUCACCAGGCCCAUCUGGACCGCAUGGCCCUCCUGGAGAAAGGGGAGUUGCUGGCGCUCGCGGACUGCCCGGACCAGAUGGACCAGCAGGCAUGAAAGGAGCACAAGGAGACAAAGGUCCCCAAGGCCCACAAGGACCUAAAGGAUCUCAGGGAGAAUCCGGAAGACCAGGGCCUCCAGGACUUCAAGGCUUGAGAGGACUCGCUGGCAGACCAGGACUUCCAGGCAAAGAUGGGAUUGCUGGCGAAAGGGGGCAACCAGGAGCUGACGGCAAACCAGGAGAACCAGGACCGCAAGGAAUACAAGGACUCCCAGGCUUAAUGGGAUUACCAGGAGCUAAAGGAGAUCAAGGUGAAGCUGGUCAGGAUGGACUGCCGGGUCCAACUGGUCCACCUGGACCACGAGGAGAUUCCGGCAAAGAAGGUACUCCUGGCCCACUGGGACCGCCUGGACCACCAGGAGAGAGUGGAGAAAGAGGACCACCAGGACCUCAAGGUUCAACAGGAUUUCAAGGUCUUCCCGGAAAUGAUGGAAGUCCUGGUCAAAGAGGCAAGGAUGGUGAACCAGGUCUUCCAGGGGCUGCUGGACCACCAGGACCUCCAGGAGAAAGGGGUGAAAGAGGUUUUCCUGGAGACAGAGGUUUACCAGGCUCCCAAGGUAUGCCUGGACCAAGAGGUGAAACUGGACCAGCUGGACAAGACGGAGUUCGGGGGCCACCAGGAGAAAAAGGAGCGAGAGGACAUAGUGGUCCAAGUGGAUUACUCGGUCUUCCAGGCUCUCGUGGUGAACCAGGUCCUCGAGGAGCUAAAGGCGACCGAGGAGACGCGGGCUCUCCAGGUGCUGAGGGACCACAAGGACGACCAGGGGAUCAAGGGCCGCAAGGCUUAGUUGGAGCUGUAGGUCCACCAGGAGAAGCGGGAGAGAAAGGUGAAACAGGACCGCCAGGUCCAGAUGGACAGCUGGGAUCACCCGGAGUUCCAGGGGACAGAGGAGCUCCAGGACCCCCAGGACAGCAAGGAUUCCCAGGACCAGUCGGGCUGUCGGGAGCACCUGGUCCUAAAGGAGGAAGAGGACUACCGGGACCUAAGGGAGAACAAGGCAACGUUGGUAACCCGGGAUCUCCAGGAGAAACUGGUCCAACGGGACCGAUUGGACUUCGAGGAACAAAAGGACCUAGAGGUGAAGAAGGAAAGAAGGGUGAUGCUGGGUUUCCAGGGCCCCCAGGCCGUCCAGGAGAACCUGGUCAUCCGGGAUCGCCAGGAAAUCCAGGACCUUCGGGACCACCAGGAAUAGCAGGAAUAAAGGGUGCUCCAGGGGACAGCGGCAAAACUGGUGCUCCAGGACCAGCCGGAAAUCCGGGACAACCUGGUUUUCCAGGACCAAAAGGCGAAGCAGGAUCUGAGGGAGCUCCAGGCUUACCAGGACCACCAGGACCUGCCGGUCCAGCUGGUGACCGUGGUUUACCAGGAAUACCUGGCAUACAAGGCAGACCAGGUCCAACUGGACCUCGUGGCUCAGCGGGUGAACGUGGUAUGGAGGGCAAGAGUGGUGCAGAUGGUCCUCCAGGACCGCAGGGUAUGCAAGGACCUCCGGGACCUCCUGGAUCCCCGGGUGAAUCUGGCCCUCCAGGACAUCCUGGCAAAGAAGGACAACCAGGGAUUGCUGGAAGGACUGGUGAUAAAGGACCACCAGGACCACAUGGUCUCCCAGGACCUCCAGGAAUCCAAGGAAUCCAAGGGCCUCCAGGACCUUUAGGUCCAGCCGGACCAACUGGCGAAAGAGGAGAACGAGGCGAAACAGGACCUCGCGGAGUUCCUGGUCCUCAAGGCGUUAGGGGACCUCCUGGAGCAGUCGGUAGUCCAGGAAUGAAAGGUGAACGAGGCGAUCUCGGUGAAAAAGGAAUGAAAGGUCAUCGUGGUCUAAUUGGUUUGCAAGGAAUUCCAGGCGCACCAGGCUCACCUGGAGAAAAAGGAAUGGAUGGACCUCCUGGGCCUCCAGGAAUGGAGGGUCCACCAGGACCCAAAGGUCCUCAAGGCAGGGAUGGAGGUCCUGGAAAUCCCGGUUUAAGUGGACCACCAGGGCCAAGAGGUCUUUCUGGUGAUUCUGGCAAAGCGGGACCUGUAGGGCCACCAGGUCCUCCUGGUCAACCUGGGCCUCCAGGAGAGCCGUUUGGAUAUGAAGCAGCUGCUCUUGCUGCUUUGUUUAACCAAGGACAAGUAAAAGGGCCUGAUCCACUACUUGGGGAUGAACCAGAUAAACUCUUCUCUGAUGAUACUCCGAUCGAAGAAAAGAAAAGACUAGUAUUUGAAUUUUACGAUAAACUAAUGCAAGAGUAUGAAAAAUUCAGGAAACCGACAGGAGAGAAGCAGACACCAGCAACUACCUGCCGUGACCUAGCAGUCUCUCAUCCUGAGUUGGACAGCGGUCUUUAUUGGGUUGAUCCAAAUCAAGGGGAUCCAAAAGACGCCAUUCAAGUAUAUUGCGACAUGGAAAAAAGAGCCACUUGCGUUUCAGCCAAACCAAAACAGAUUCAGAAGAAGAAUCACUUCGUUGGAAAAGGUCAAGAAAUAUGGUUUAGUAGCACAGACGGCGGAUUUACGUUCAACUACAAGGCUGAUCGCGUCCAGUUAAGUUUCUUGCAACUCUUAAGUAAGAAAGCCGAGCAAAACAUAACAGUUCAUUGUAGAAACACCGUCGUUUAUAAAGAUGUGAAACGACCGAACUUCAAAAAAGCCGUGAAAUUAAUGGCAUACAAUGACCUAGAGUUGGUUGCAGAUGGCAAUCCUAUGUUUGCUUACACUUCAACUCAAGACGAAUGCCAGCAUCGAGAUGACAAAUGGGCAGAAACUAUUUUGACGUACAAGACCGACAAACCACAACGUCUGCCUGUAGUGGAUAUGGCUUUCAGAGACAUUGGCUCAAGAAAUCAAGAGUUUGGAGUUGAAAUAGGACCAGUAUGUUACUCCUAACGCCGGUGAAUCAAUAACAAUGUGAUAAAGUUGCCUAUAUUAUGCAAGAAAAUGAUUCUUAAAUCACUGGAUUACUAGGUCCUGUAACUUAAAUCACUGCCAAUAUUUAUCACAUGAAUUUUGUGCGACAUCAUUCUCAAGCUUUUGUUCAUUAUUCAGUGACAGUGCAGAUGAACUGAAAAGCUCAAAAAAGCUUCCUGCAAAUCGUUUUAUCAUUUUUGUCCUGUAAUUGUGUGAUUUUGAAUUGGUUUUCCUGUUACUAUGUUUUUGUAAAUUGGUCGAGUUCAUUGCAAAAAUUACAAUAAAUUAUACCUUGUU